AUGAGUUACGGAUCUGAAAUCUUCUUCUCCUCUUACCGGCGGAUUUUCGGGGACUCUCCCCGUUUUUCGCUCUCCUCGUCCCGCCCGGCGAUGAGCGCGUCGACCCGCGGCGGUUACCGGUCCUCCUCCCUGUCCAGGAGCAGCGUGGCCUCCUCCCAUGGCAGGAGGUACGGCCGCUCCUUGGCUCCGCUGGAUACGGUGGACCUGACGCAGAGCAGCAUCCUCAACAAUGAGUUCAAGAUCAUCCGCACCAACGAGAAGGAGCAGAUGCAGGGUCUGAACGACCGCUUCGCCGUGUUCAUCGAGAAGGUGCGCAACUUGGAGCAGCACAACAAAGUCCUGGAGACCGAGCUGGUCGCCCUGCGCCAGCGGCAGGCCGAACCGUCCCGCCUGGCCGACCUGUUCCAGCAAGAGAUCCGAGACCUGCGCUCUCAGCUGGGGCUGAACGGGGAGAAGUCCCAGCUCCUGAUCGAGCGGGACUGCUACGAAGACGACCUGCAGAAACUCCGGGCCAAAUACGAGGACGAGUUCCGCCGCGAGGAGGCGGAGGCCGCCCUCAAAGCUUUCAAGAAAGAUGUGGACGACGCCACCAUGGUGCGUCUGGAUUUGGAGAAGAAGGUGGAAUCUCUGCUGGACGAGAUCAGCUUCCUAAGAAAGGUACACGAGGAGGAGGUGGCCGAGCUCACGGACAUGAUCCACGCGGCUCAGGUGUCUGUGGAGAUGGAGGUGUCCAAGCCGGACCUCACCUCCGCCCUCAAGGAGAUUCGAAGCCAGUACGAGUCCAUGGCGUCCAAGAACCUGCAGUCCGCCGAGGAAUGGUACAAGAGCAAGUUUGCCGACCUGUCCGAGCAGGCGAACCGGAGCAACGAGGCCAUCCGGGCCGGCAGGGAGGAAAUGAACGAGUACCGGCGGCAGCUGCAGUCCAGAACCAUCGAGAUCGAGAGUCUGAGGGGAACCAACGAGUCUCUGGAAAAGCAGCUGAGAGAGAUGGAGGAAAGGCAGGCGGUGGAGAUCGGAAACUACCAGGAAAGCAUGGCAGAGCUGGAGAAUGAGCUGAGGACCACAAAAAGUGAGAUGGCUCGGCACCUGAGGGAGUACCAGGACUUACUCAACGUGAAGAUGGCACUGGACAUCGAAAUUGCUGCUUACAGGAAACUACUGGAAGGUGAGGAGACCCGCAUUGGGUCGGGUUUGACCUAUUCCACCCCAGCUAUCAGUGGAGGUGCUGGGCAGGGUUUCAGCUACCAGACCCGCAUUUACACCAGCUCUGGCAAGGGCUCCAUAAAGGAGGGCAAGGAUGAGGAUCAGCAGCAAGGCAAGUCCGGAAGCAAGGUAUCUCACCAUGAGGUUUAUGAGGCGGUGGUCACCACCAAGAAGAUGGAGAAGCAGCAAGACUCUAGUGAGCCCACCAACCAGAAAAAUUAA